UUCCUUUCUCUUUCUCUCUAUUCUUUCUUUCUUUCUUUCUCUUUCUCUCUCUCUCUCUCUCUCUCUCUCUCUCAAACCGCCUACAUGCGCUUCUUAAUUUGGCAAAGGCAUAAAGUUGGUAUGUAGGUUUGAGGGUACCUUUUCCUUUUUUUCCUCUCUUACACAGAAACACACACAAAGACAGGCACUUGCUUCAGUUAAAGUAGCCAGAGAGGGAAUUCCGGUGUUUUUCAUGGUUAAAGCAGGUUUAUAGUUCAAUCCCACUGUGACAGUUUCCUUUUUUCCUCCUCUUCUUCUUCUUCUUCUUCUUCUUCUUCUCUUUACAAGUUUUUUCCUAGGGAAUAUUUGUAUUUCCUAUCCUGGGCAUAUAUUUUCUCAUCUGAUUUCCUGAUUUUUUUUUAUUUAGACUGAAUUGGUUGAUUGGUGUAUUCUAAGAACAUGUAAUCAAUCAGUUUUUUUUUUUUUUUUAGUUACUAUAUAUAUCCAACACUUCUUUUUUUUCUUCUUUUUUGGGGAGGGGGGGUCAUUCCUUAAUUGUUUUCUGAUUGAACCAGACUUUGGUUGAGCUUGCUUGUUUAUAUAUAUAUAUAUAUAUAUAUAUAUAUACACCUUUUGAAGCAACAGUCCAAGUUCAUAUUUUAGAAAACUGUUGUAGAAGUAGAAUACCCAGAAAUUUUAUUUCUUUGUACUCUUUCCCUUUACUUCUGAAGCAUCAGAUCUCAAUCAAAGUUAUGGUUUCUAUCAAUAUAGAGAGCAAAGCUGGGAUAUGAGAUUUCAAGUCAAGGGAAAAAAGAUAGCUGCUAUAUAUUCAGUACGUGAAAAGAGCAAUGAAUAAGAGUAGUUUGGGCUCCAUCAGCAGCUCUGAUCUCAUCGAUGCCAAGCUUGAAGAGCAUCAAAUGUGUGGAUCCAAGCACUGUCCCGGUUGUGGACACAAGCUUGAGGGAAAGCCGGAUUGGUUAGGUCUACCUGCAGGAGUGAAAUUUGAUCCUACAGACCAAGAAUUGAUCGAACACCUUGAAGCAAAGGUAGAGGCCAAAGACAUGAAAUCUCACCCUUUGAUAGAUGAGUUUAUCCCUACUAUUGAAGGAGAAGAUGGGAUUUGCUAUACCCAUCCAGAAAAACUUCCAGGAGUCACAAGAGAUGGCUUGAGCAGGCAUUUCUUUCAUAGACCAUCGAAAGCUUACACAACUGGGACAAGAAAGAGAAGAAAAAUUCAAACCGAAUGUGACUUGCAAGGUGGUGAAACAAGGUGGCACAAGACUGGCAAAACUAGGCCUGUAAUGGUGAAUGGCAAGCAAAAAGGGUGCAAGAAAAUACUAGUCCUUUAUACAAAUUUUGGCAAAAACAGAAAACCCGAAAAGACCAACUGGGUCAUGCAUCAAUACCACCUUGGUCAACAUGAAGAAGAGAAAGAAGGGGAGCUUGUGGUUUCAAAGAUAUUCUAUCAGACACAGCCAAGACAAUGCAAUUGGUCUGAUAGGAGUGCAACCACUGGCGAAGGAAACAGUGACCCCAAUAGCAGGAGAGAUAGUGGUAGUGGAAGUUGUUCUUCCAAGGAAGUAGUUCCUCAUAGAGAUGAAAUGUCUGCAGCUGGGGUUGCUCCAAUAUCAGGUUACAGUGCCAUUGACAUUCAACAGUUAAAAUCUGACCAUUUCAGCUUUGCCCCACUCAGGAAAAGCUUUGAUGAGGUAGGGAUAGCAGAGGCUUCAACAGCAAGGGAAGCACCGGCAUCAGGCACGUGCGAAGAGUUGCGAGAUCAUCAGAGGCCACAUCCUAUGGCCCAUGAGCACCAUCACCAACAGCAACAACAUCACCAUGCACACCAUCAGCUUGCAACUACAGCCUUCCACAUCAGCAGACCUUCACAUCCCAUUUCAACCAUCAUUUCACCACCUCCACUCCAUCACACCUCUAUUAUUCUCGACCAAGACCCGUACCAUGUCCCCAGAAUAAUGCUCCAAAAUGAGAAUUUCCAGCAACAACAACAACAGCAGCAGCAGCAGCAACAGCAUCAUAAACUUGGAGGAAGGUCUGCAUCAGGUUUAGAGGAACUCAUAAUGGGUUGCACUUCAACUAAUAUCAAAGAAGAAUCAUCCAUCACAAAUCCUCAAGAGGCAGAAUGGUUGAAGUAUUCUUCAUUCUGGCCUGACCCUGACAACCCGGAUCAUCAUGGGUAGGAGCAAAAUAUUAUAGAGAAUAAAAAACAACCUUACAGACAACAUCAUUAUCGUCAUCAUUAGUAUUUGAAACCUUCCUCAAGUUCUUUUCAACAUGAGGCCAUGAAACCAUCUAUAGUUGGCACUUUUUCUUUUCUUUUUACUGGGGGAGCCUGGCUAAGCUUUGAUGGCUCUCAACCGAACUAACUGUGCAACAGUCCAUGUUGGAAAGAAAGAGAGAAAGAAGAAAAGGAAAAAGAAAGAAAGAAAAAACAAAGAAAAAGAAAAGAAACCAAGAAAGGCUGCAAUCUAUUCUGACAAAUAGAAGAAGAACCAAAGACCCAAAGCAAAUCCUUCCUGCAUGAAAAUCAUCACCAUUAUGAUUACAAUAUCAUCUUUAUGGUUAUUCUUAUUAUUUUAUUAUUUUAAGAUGUUUGUAUAAUUUCUCUUUCUUGUUCUUUACGAAGAAAAUACCAAAGAGUUUGUGCAAAUUGCAACAAAUACUUUGUUAAUUGUGCUGUGAUUAAUCACUUUGUUAGUAAAAUAUGAAUAUAUAGGGCUUCAUAUGAUUUCCCUUUAUAGAAA